UGGAGAAAAGGUAACACUCUGGUCAUUACUCUGCAGCGAAAAUAACAGGUUUCAAACUUUACUGUAAUAUUACACCUCACUGUUUUGGUUCUGUGUUUUUCUUACACAACCACAUCCUUAGUACAUCCUUGAACGUAUCAUCAAAUAGACUAUGCCUGAGCACAGGUCAGCAGUUUUUGCAUGAAUCCAGAGGAGGUCAGUGUUGCAUGUCUGCUUGUGACCUCAAGUCACUUCCCCUGACUUAUCAUCUGACCUCACACUAACCUCUAUAGAUUCAGCAGGGAGCGCGUUUUUAACUUUGAAUGAAGGAGAGGCAGAGCUGAAUGCGGGUUUCCCCUGCUGCAUGCUGGAAGAGACCGCCUCCAGCUGAGAAAGCACUGCAGCAGCUCUGCUUCUGAGGGAUGGGGCUGGUGGGCGUGGCCGUGGAUGGAGGGUGGGACUUUGGGUGGUAACAAACGCCCCAUCGCUGGAUGUAAUAUUCAAUGAGCUCCGAGCAGAGGACAUCAUCAAGGGGCAACUUGACGGCAACAACACGCAGUUCAUUCAUUUUCAGCGCUGCGGACAUGCCUGGUCGACACUUCAGGUUCCCUCCUGAAAUCGGGAAGCAGAGUUGUCCCACUUUUCUGCUCCGGCGGCCAAACUUUUCGCGGCCAUAUCGCUAUGGAGCCGCUGUGGACGGACACCGGCGCUCCGGUACGACAUGCAAAUACGUACUCUGACGUCGGCGAUCAUGUGGCUUUUGGCGUAGAUCCUCCUUGUGAUCGCCAAUUUUUUCCCUUCCCUGUCGCCUGUUGUCUCGUCGGCUAUUGGGCCGCCGCGAGACUCUUUCCGACCCUUUCGGCGAGCUUGCUGCUCCAGCGGUCGCUUCGGGAUUGUACGGCGCUACCUGAACGUCGCGUCAAGAACGGGGUGGGCAGGCAGCAUCCUGUCAUGAAGACCCAGAAGAGCCGCCAUUGUUGGAGCUGACACUGUCAACGAGUCCAGCCCACGCUGCUCUACAAGCAGUCCUUCAUCUCCCAUCAUCGCAUUUGGUCUCUCUACAAAUACCAAAACAUUUCUUUGGCGUCUCUUUCUGACAGUCCCAGAAAGUCCCGUUCUGGUCUGCGUUUGAUCUGUCUGGCUCUGCUUUAGACAGUCAUUCUGUAUUUAAUCAGUGGUUCUUCAUCUUGGAAUCCUGAGCCAAGACAAAAGCAACUCUAAGCACAUUCCUGACCCGCAACCUAAAAGCAUCAUGUCAAGUCGACGCAAAGCUUCCACUCCCUGCAUGAUCCGACCAGAGCAGACACAGUUGGAGGUGGAUGAUGAUGAGGAGGAAUCGCACAAUAUGGAGGUAACAGAAAACCAUGUUCAGGAGGAGGUGCCUAUGAAUACAGACCAUCCGAUACAAGCAGAGCCAACGACAGACUCAGAUGGGACAGGCAAAGCCUCAGACGCUCCCACAGGUCCUGACAAACCACAAAAGGAGCCGCCAGACCCCUCCAAACCUCAGCGCAGACAGCAGGGGGGCUACGAGUGCAAAUACUGCACCUUUUCCACACAGAAUCUUAACACUUUCAAGGAACAUGUGGACUCCAACCAUCCAAAUGUCAUCCUCAACCCACUGUACCUGUGCGCUGUCUGCAACUUCAACACUAAGAAGUUCGAUACCCUAACGGAGCACAACGAGAGAUGUCACCCCGGGGAGAGCAACUUCAAAUUCAAACGCAUCAAAAUGAACAACCAGACAAUCCUGGAACAGACAAUAGAGGGCUGCAGCAACAAUGCAGUCAUUUACAACACGUUGGGUUCGCUUCCUGGCAAAGGGGACAGACUGGGUAGCUCCUCGCUUAGCAAAACCAACACAGUAAAAACUGCUAAACCAAAAACUUUGUCUACAGACAUCAAACGGACAGAAUUGCAGAUGGGUAAACUGACCCCAGAGCUCGCCAAGAAACCAAUAACGGCGCUCAAUGUGAACGGGACCGUUAUCAUCCCAGAGUCGACUCUGCUCAAAGCAGACAGCCUUUCUCACAUCAUGCCUUCUUUACAGCAGCCUAUAAAUUAUACCCAGGUGCCGAAGAUCGCAGUGCCCCUGAACACAACCAAAUACAACCCGUCCCUGGACGACAACCUGACGCUCAUCUCCUCCUUCAACAAGUUCCCCUACCCGACGCAGGCUGAGCUCUCCUGGCUUACCGCAGCCUCCAAACACCCGGAGGAGCAAAUCAAAGUCUGGUUCACCACUCAGCGGCUCAAGCAGGGCAUCAGCUGGUCACCUGAAGAGGUAGAAGAAGCGAGGAAGAAAAUGUUCAACGGCACCAUCUCAUCAGUGCCUCAGACUCUGACUGUUGUGGCUUCACAGCUGGGCUCCAGCUCAUCCACCAACAGCACCGCCUCCAAACCUCUGCCGUCAGCUGCCUCUGUCCUGCAGUCCCUCCCCUGUCAGAUCCUGGGCCAGAACAGCCUGGUGCUGACUCCUGUAGCCAACGGCUCCAGUGUCACAUGCACACCACUGGCGCUCACAGUGGCGAGCCAGGUGGCACAGUCGCUCAAGCGGACGCUGGCCACUCCGGUGAUCGCAACUGAGAGUAAGCGGCCGUCCAUCAUUCAGACCAUCCAUGCGUCGACGGCCACGUCGAAGCUGGCGCCGCCCAAAAUGUUGACUUUCACAGCAGACCCGAACAAAACGGCCGAGCAGCUGUCAGUGCUGCGCUCCAGCUACACACAGUGUCCUUUCCCUGAGGAAGAUGAGAUCUACAGGCUGAUAGAGACCACUGGGCUGUCCAGGGGAGAGAUAAAGAAGUGGUUCAGUGAACAGAGGCUGCUCAAUCUCAAAAGCGUGGCUUCUCCACCUGUGCUGGUGAAAGCAGAGGCGGCCCCGGCCGUUCUGGACGGCCCCGUUAAGAAAGCCGUCCCAAGUCAGUUCCCCCUGCUGGAGAGAGUGAAGGGGAAGUCAUCGGAGCAGCUCAAGGCGCUGGAGGAGAGUUUCCAGAGAAGCAGCUCUCCGACGGAAAAAGAGCUCGACCAGCUGGCUCAGGAGACGAGGCUGUCCAAGACGGAGGUGGACUGCUGGUUUUUGGAGCGCCGCGCCCUGAGAGACAACAUGGAGAAGGUUCUGCUCACCAUGGCCUGCAGGAACACGGAGGACAGGCUGGAGCGGGCGGGAGGGGCGCUGCUGAAUGGGGCUUCUCACCGAGAGCAGGACAGGAAGACUCUUCUUUCCUCUCCUCACCCACCUCCUUCCUACUCCUCCUCUUCUUCGUCUUCUACCUCCCCCCCUGUGCUUGCAGCAUCUUCCCCUCAACCUCCCACCCAUUCCUCUUCAAGAUCUCCUCCCAUACUCAACUCGUCCUCUCCCCAUCCUCCCCUCCUGCCAGUCUCCUCAAGCCCAACGCCCAUCUCCAGUCGCACGCUCGCCCUUCUCAGGGAGAUGUUCUGUCGGACCCAGUGGCCCUCCCCCGAGGAGUACAGCCAGCUGGAGCUCCAGACGAAACUGGGCCGCACCAACAUCGUCCGCUGGUUCAAGGACCACCGCUCGGCCCUGAAGAACGGCGAGACCCUGGACUGGAUGGACGCUGUCCAGAAGCAAAGCCUCGCCGAGGAACAGAACGCGGGCCAGCACCAGAACGGCCAGAUCUCCAACGACAACCAGGCCCUUUCCUUGGAAGUCAAGGCUCUGAAUGUCGAGGAGUCUGGUGGGAAUGUAGCAGCUGGGGAAGACUCCAAACUGUCCGGCCAAGACAAAGGGCGCCGGCUGGCCAAGCGACUAGCGCAGGGUGUGAGCAAUCUGAGCCGAACCGGGCAGGACCAGAACAGCUGCGGCGCAUCCGACAAAGGAAGGUGGGUCAAGGUCACUGUUGCUGCUGGAGACGAGACAGAAGGAGCGGAGAGACAGAGACUGGCCACCGACACUGGUGUUAUGACUAUGGAGCAACCAGGAAGAGUGACAGGGUGAUGGAAAGGCAAAUCUUUAAAUGCUGAUUCUCCAGCCAUCAUGGGGCAAGUCAAGACGACCAAUCAGAGACGCAGUGUGUCUGUGAUGUCAUCACGAAGCGCCAGGGUCGAUUGCAGCACUGAGGUGAAGAGCGGACGCCGAUGUGAAGAGGAGUGCCAAAGCUGGACUUCAUGCAGAACUCCCACUACUACUUUUAGUUUUCUUUUUCAUUUCUGUAAAUAUUCUUGUCAUACAGAGUAAGCGGUCUGUUCAGGUGCAGAGCGGCAAGCUUUUCUUUGAAUUUUUAUUUUCAUGAUGAAUGAAUGUUGCCCCAAAGCCUGGAAUGUUUUUGGUUGCUGUAAUAAGAACAAAAAUGUAUUAUAGUCUAUUUGCUGGAAAUUUCCUUUUUUUAAAAAAAAAAAAAAAAAAAAAACUAGCUGCAUUUUGCUCAUUAUGAGUAGAUUUUGAUGGCACUUGCAUAUUUUUCUUGUCGUAGUGGUAGAUGUUCCCGUAUCAGGCCGCUUUUCAAAUGCCUUUACGGUGAUACAAUGCUGACUCAGAUGUGCAAAACAGGCGAGUAGGAGGAGUGUGGAGCUGAGGAAACAAACUGCAGCGAGCACACACACACACACACCCCGAUUAGCAGCAGUGGUGCAAAUACUUUAACAAAAAAAAAUAUCCGCAGCUUGUUUAAGCAAUUUUUUUUUUUCAGGCGUGUUUCUUGAAGCUGAUGCGAAGCAUGAUGUGCACAUUUCUACAGAGAACUGAUAAAUCCCGGAGGAUGCAGGGUCUGUUGGACACCAUGCUGCCUUUCCAGCUCAUACCUGUUGUUUCCUGUCUACUUUGUAAAAAAAAAAAAAAAAAAAAGAAAGAAAAGGGAGCAGAGUGGAGCAACACAGUUCUGUGUUGUAAAUCUUCUCGGCUGAACCUGCCAAAAGCCUUUUUUUUUUUUUUUUUUUUUUAUUUGUGAAAAUGCUACAUGCACUCUAAAUAACCUGAGCACCUUUAUCUGAGCCUUCUCAUACAUAUAUCCAUUUGUUUAGCUGUAAAUACGUCUUGUCCUCUAUCUAGGCUUCCUCGCUUUAGAGUCGAGGUGGGAUUAAUUCCCCUCUUCAUUUUCCGCACACGCUCGAAACGGAGGUCGACGAACGUCGGAGAUACAAAAGCGGAGCUGUAAAAGGCGGUUGGAAUGUCACGGCAGUCAAAAGCCGUCACAAAGUUUCAAGCGUUUUUCUCUUUUUAAACUCAUCCUGGAAAGUGCUGUUUAAAUUGACGUCUUUAUUUCUACAAGAAUGAAAUCUGUUUUUUUCUUUCAGUCACAGAAGGAGGGAAGGGUGCUAUAAUUCGGCAUCAGCAGGUUGUAUGGCUGUAUGCGUGGCUGCAUGUUGGUUCCUGCUGUUUUGGGUCCACCGUCUCAAAUAACUCAACAUGUUGUUUUUGACGUGUACAGGAUUACUGCUUGCAUUUUCAUUUUCUACCUUUUAAGUCUGAUGCAAUUCAAUAAAAACACAGUUGACUGCAAAAUGCGGUGGUAGUCUGAAUAAAAUGAAGAAUAUGAUUUUUUAAAAAGUAAGAUCAAUAGGAUUUAAAUUGCUAGAUAUGUGAAUUCAUUGCAAUUUGUUUUCUGCCAACACAGCAACACAGUGCUUUGGAUAAGUAUUUGAACACUUUUUAAUUUUUUUUCUAACCUAAUUAGAUUGAUUUUAAAAAAAAAUGCUUGCCACACUUUUCAAAUAUGAAUUGGGAACUCUGAGUCAGAUUUGGCGUCAGAGCCGAGGUAACGGCUUCUAGUUAAAAAGCCUGAAUUUCAGCGUGGCGAUGAAUGUAGGCAUUGUUCGUGGUAACUCUUAGAAACAUUUUAAGCUUCACUUUUAAUAAGCAGACACCACUUUAAAUAUGUUCAGUUUAAUCUUGCAUGUAGCGACCCAAUCAGUAGUGGAGAUUGAGCCGCUACAUAUAAGAUUGAUUUCUAGACGCACUUUCACAUGCGUGUCUUGUAAAAUAUGUUUCCACCUAAUCUUCAUCCGCGGAGCGGCCAUAUUGAAACGUGAAGUCGGCCUUACAAGUCGUAUCUGGGGGUAAACCAUGCAGCAGAUUGGGCCCAGAGAACCAGUCCCAAUCCAUAAAACAAGAAAUGUAAUGCGAAUGUAUACAUAAUUAUCUAGACUGAACAUGCACACCAAAGGAAAACAUUAGAUUAGGCAAAAAGGAAAAUGAAACUAUAUGGACUGUAUCAAAUAAAUGCAAAUUUAAUUAUAAAUGGGUUGAAUUUCAUCUAAUUUCUUGCCUUCCUUGAUGUGAAUCAAAUAAAUCUGCUCACCUGAUGCCUGACUGAUGCCUCACAAUGUUGAGACGGAACUAAAAUGUCCAACUUAAAUGUGUGCAGAUUCCUUUCGCUUUUCUACAAGCUCUUGUGCCACCCCAAAAAACAUGCCGCCCUAGGCAGAGAGCCAUGUUGAGCAUAAUGGAAGAACUGCUGUUAACUCUAAGCUUGAGGGUUCUUUGAGAAUAUUUAGGUUUGCUUCCAGCACCACUUACCAACAUGACCCAUUAGACGGACAUCUCUUCUACUCGAUGUAUUGAUACAAAACUGAUAAUCAGCCCACAUCAAUGCAACAAUGUAAGAUGACUCGGAGGGCAAUAAAUGUCAGCGUUUUCUCUUUUAGAGGAGAAAACGAGCACUUGUGUCCCAGAGCAGAGAAACAUAAAUAGUAAUAAUAAAACAAUUCUCAACCGUUCCUUCUGUACAUAUUCUAAUAGUUUAUUUUAACAAAGUAUUGCAUUAAGGCAACAAUAAAAAAUAAUCAACACACCCAGACUCAUCUUUUCAAUAAUGUGCUGUAUUUACAAAAAAAAAGAGCAAUAGCUCUUUUUCUUUUUUCUUUUUACCUCAUUUAAAUCUCAUGUCAGAAAAACUUCCAGCUCUUUGCACCAAAGGCUCGAAAAUAUGUUACAAGCUCAGACCUGGGAGCUACACAAGUUAAAUACAGUUUCUUUAUAUAAAAUAAAGUAUUCACCCCCUUGGAUGUUUUACAAAUUUGACCUUUUUGACAAAAAAAA